AUGGCACCAUUUGAAGGAUUUUAUGCGGCAGGAAUUGUGGAAUAUGCGACCAGGGAGCAGGCGCAGAACGCCGUUGCGACACUUAGCAACCAGAACUUGAUGGGCCGUCUCGUUUACGUCCGCGAGGACCGCGAGGCUGAACCACGAUUCAACCAAUCUUCCGGUCCCCGAGGAGGCUAUGGUGGCCCAAUGGGCCAUGUAGGAUAUGGCGGCAGUCAGAUGAAUUUCAAUGCUGGUGGCGGCGGUAGCAGACAGAUUUACGUUGCGAACCUCCCAUUCACCGUCGGAUGGCAAGACUUGAAAGAUCUCUUUCGCCAGGCCGCUCGAAUCGCGGGAGUUGCUCGAGCCGAUAUCAAUAUUGGCCCCGAUGGCAGAUCCAAGGGAUCGGGUAUUGUCGUUUUUGAAAGCCCCGACGAUGCCCGCAAUGCUAUCCAGCAGUUCAACGGAUUCGAUUGGCAAGGCCGCAUUCUGGAAGUCCGCGAAGAUCGGUUUGCUCACGCUGGUGGCUUCCCCGGCCGCGGUGGAUUCGGCCGCGGUGGAUUCGGUGGAGGCUUCGGCGGCCGUGGUGGCAUGGGUGGUCGCGGCGGCUUUAGCAGCUUCGGUGGCCGUGGCGGUUAUGGUGGUGCCGGGGGCGGCUUCGAUUCCGGCGCUGGCAAUUCCGUAGCCGGUGGGCAUGGCAGUGGCCCUGCUCCUACCCCUAACCCUUUCACCGACUAUGCCACCUCCGGCACUGAACGCAGCCAGAUCAUUUUCGUCAGAAAUCUUCCUUGGUCUACAAGCAACGAAGACCUUGUCGAGUUAUUUACCACGAUUGGUAAAGUCGAGCAGGCAGAGAUCCAGUACGAGCCCAGUGGUCGUUCACGUGGCUCUGGCGUUGUCCGCUUUGACACUGCUGAUACAGCAGAGACGGCUAUUGCGAAGUUCCAGGGAUAUCAGUACGGCGGUCGUCCUCUUGGCCUGGGUUUUGUCAAAUAUCUAACUCCUGGAGUACCCGCCGAUAACAUGGACACGGACGCCCAUGGUGGAUUGACUCAGGAUCAGAUUAUGUGA